CCCAACUCUUGUACAUUAGGUACCUAAGUAACUUGAAGACGGAAUUAAAAGGAAGAAACUCGUUUAUCUGUCGCGCGCAAAUCUCCCUCCGUAUAAAUAUUAUCAGAACACUGCGACGAUGAAUAACGAACAGUUUCGUCGACUUGUUUCUACCAGCACCCCGAAACCUUCGUCAGAUAACAAUGGCGCAUCACCAGGCGCGGCGACUCCUCGAGGAGGAGCCCUUGGAUCUAGACAGAGGUCGAGCAUCCCCAUGACGCCUCGUUCAGUUGGCCUUCAUAAUAAAUCCGACUUCGCGCGACAGCUAGCAGAGCGUAACCACGGCGGCGAGAAACAAGCGAAGAAAUUCAAGUCGUACGAUCCCAAGGGCAGCAAGUUGGCAGAGGGGUAUGUGGACCGUUCUCGCAAUAGAACAUCGGAAGAGGAGGACGAACGAGCUGCCCGGAUAAAGGCGCUAGAAGAAUCCCUCAAGAAGGAAGAGAUCGACCAAGAAACCUUCGAUAAACUGAGGAGCGAAAUUGCCGGUGGCGAUUUGUCUAGCACUCACUUAGUAAAAGGCCUCGACUUUAAGCUUCUCGAACGAGUUCGAAAGGGCGAAAAUGUUUACGGUGAAGAUGGCGCGCAAGAAGAGGCCCCCGAGCCGGAAGACGACGUCGACGAGGAACUCGACCAACUAGAAGAAAAGGAAGUUGCAGCGGUCGCAAGAGAGAAGGCAGCAAAGAAAGGACAACUAGCAACAGUGCCGUUAAAUCCGUCCAAAAAGCGAACGAGAGACCAGAUAUUAGCCGAAAUGAAAGCAGCAAGAGAAGCGGCAAAGGCUAAAGAGGAUACAGGUUUGGGGUCCAAGUUCAAAAAGAUUGGUGCGAAGACUCCUGGGACGAGGAUAGAACGAGACAGCAAAGGCAGGGAAGUAUUAAUAGUGGUGGACGAAGACGGCCACGAGAAGCGAAAAGUUCGCAAGAUUCAACCGGGCGUCGAGUCUAAAGAAACAUUGUUGAAAGAUAGAGAUAUGAUGAUGCCUGACAAAAAUGCAAAACCUCUCGGCAUGGAAGUUCCAGAACAGUAUAGAAAGCAAGUUGAAGAGCCGGACGAUGAAGACAUCAACAUUUUCGACGACGUCGGUGACGACUACGAUCCCCUUGCCGAACUAGAGGAAGACUCCGAAGACGAGGACUCAUCGGCGAAGAAACCGCAACCGUCUGACACCACUACCAAGGAAGAUAAAGCUGCUAUGCCUCCUCCACCGCGGCCAGCUACUACUACUACUACUACUACUACUACUACUACUACUACUACUACUACUACUACCACAACUACAACAGAACCGCGGAAUUACUUUAAGGAUUCUAAGACUAAGCUGGUGUCAUCCGAGUCGCUUAAGGCGCCGUCUAUGUCUGAUCCCGCAAUCCAAGCAGCUCUCAAGAAGGCCGCAUCUCUCAACCCUAUACCUCGACCUACAGAAGAAGACGACGAGGAAGCACGUGCCAGAGCAGAGCGUCUCAAGAAGAUGCUGCAGAACAACGAUCGCGACGCGGAGGAUAUGGAUCUAGGCUUUGGCACGAGUAGGUUUGAGGACGAAGAGGACUUUGAAGAGGAGAAGGUCAAGUUGUCGGAAUGGGGGCGCGAGGGAGACGAUGGUGGCCAUGGUGGCGGGGGCGGUUCCAAACGGAAGAGGGGGCCGAAGAAGCGGAAGGGAGAUGUUAAUAAUGCCGCGGAUGUCUUGCGAGUCAUUGAGAAGCGGCGGGCUGCUGAAUGAUCGGUAUGAGAUGAUGCUAGUUACUAUAGUAGUUAAGAAGAGGUAUAGUUAAGACUUGGCUCAUCCUUUGAAAGCUUAGGUACGAAUAAUAAAUAAUUAAUCAGCCAAUGCAGAAGUGA